AUGAUACUUGUAUCGAGAUACUAUCUAGUACUUGGAUUGCAAAUUCUUGUCACAUUUUCCAAUUGUAGUUUCAGCAGGAGCAAAAAUCCUUUAUGGACUUGGGAAUGUAUUAAUGAAAAAUGUGUACCAUCUCGUCCCGAUCCCACGAAUAAAUUACAAUCUCUGGAAACAUGUAACAUGUUGUGUGCAGGAGGUCAAAUUUGGCCUCAACCAAGGGGAGCGAUCAGCCUUUCCACAACCGCUGUGCCAGUACACGCUGACUCUUUCAGAUUGAAAAUAUUAUUAACUCCAUCCCGUACGGUUCAAGAAUAUCUACAAGAGUCCUUUGAAUUAUUUCGGGAAGAUGUUAAAAGACUCGAACAGUCAGCAUUUGGUUUCGAAGAGCGGCGAAGUGUACUCGUCCGGAUUGCCAUAAAUGGUAGUGAAGAUCCACGAAUGCGUAUAGAUACUGAAGAAAACUACAAACUUGUAAUUCGCCCUAAUUCCGAUGACGGUUUGAUGCUCGUAGAUAUAUCUGCAUCUACGUUCUGUGGUGCACGUCAUGGCUUAGAAACUUUAAUACAAUUAAUAUGGUUUGAUCCUUACGUCGCAUCACUGUUUAUGCUAGAAGCUGCAUCAGUUGACGACUCGCCUCGAUUCAAAUACCGGGGGCUGUUAUUAGACACAGCGCGUAAUUAUUUUCCGGUUCGUGAUCUCAUGCGAACUAUUGAUGGUAUGGCCAUUUCUAAGCUUAACACCUUUCACUGGCAUGUAACCGAUACCCAAGCAUUCCCUUUACAAUUAGACAGUGUAAAACAUUUAUCAAAACGAGGAGCCUACAGUCUGAGAGAUGUUUACACAAAAGAUGACGUCAGAGCAUUAGUGCAUCGUGCGAGAUUACGUGGGAUACGAGUUCUGAUAGAAAUAGAUGUACCAUCUCAUGUUGGUCAAACCUGGAGUUUCAGUUCAGAUUCGGAAACUGAUGAUCUUUCUUUAUGUACCAACGCUCAACCUUGGAGUCCAUUAUGUCAUGAGCCUCCUUGUGGGCAAUUAAAUCCACGAAACACUGAUUUGUUUUUACUUUUAGAGCAAGUUUUUACAGAAAUCAUCCAGCUCACUGGAGUCGAUGAUUUGUUUCACAUGGGAGGCGACGAUGUGUCACUAGAAUGUUGGGAACAUUAUUUCAAUGAUACUAACAGUGAAAACUAUUUGAUAGAAUUUACCCGGUCUUCGUUAGAUCGGCUACGCUAUGUCAAUGGCCGAUUACCCAAUCUAACAUUAUUUUGGUUUUCUUCCAUAAGCGACCGUAUCAAGACUGAUUUGAAAGAGUCCGCGGACUUUAUAGGUUUGCAGUUACGAGAAUUCACAUGGAAACAUAAGUCUAUUAAUGGAAUACGAACAGUCAUUUCACACGAAGACGCAUGGGACCUGAAUAAUGGAAUGGGAGCUUGGUAUGACACUAAUGGUGGUAUCCCUUACAAUUCAUGGCAACAUGUGUAUGAACACCGGCCAUGGGCGAAAGAUGUCGCUAAUAUAGAAGGAGGGGAGGCAACAGUUUGGUCCUCGACUUUAAGUGAUGAUGGUCUCGAUGCCACGGUGUGGCCUAGGGCGGCUGCUUUAGCAGAAAGACUAUGGACAGACUGUGCCGAAGGCGCGACCCGUCCGGUACAUGCGAGGUUAGAUUUGCAUCGCUCUCGGUUGGUUGCGCGGGGUCUAAAAGCAGCACCUAUAUGGUCUAUGUGGUGCACUCAAAACCCUUACACGUGUUAA